GGGGCCGUUGGCUCCAGACAAAUAAACAUGGAGUCCAUCUUCCACGAGAAACAAGAAGGCUCACUUUGUGCUCAACAUUGCUUGAAUAAUCUGUUGCAAGGAGAAUAUUUUAGCCCUGUGGAAUUAUCUUCAAUUGCACAUCAGCUAGAUGAAGAGGAAAGGAUGAGAAUGGCAGAAGGAGGAGUUACUAGUGAAGACUAUCGCACAUUUUUACAGCAGCCUUCUGGAAAUAUGGAUGACAGUGGUUUUUUCUCUAUUCAAGUUAUAAGCAAUGCCUUGAAAGUUUGGGGUUUAGAACUAAUUCUCUUCAACAGUCCGGAGUAUCAGAGGCUCAGGAUCGAUCCCAUAAAUGAAAGAUCAUUUAUAUGCAAUUACAAAGAACACUGGUUUACAGUUAGAAAAUUAGGGAAACAGUGGUUCAACUUGAAUUCUCUCUUGACGGGUCCAGAAUUAAUAUCAGACACAUACCUUGCACUUUUCUUGGCUCAAUUACAACAGGAAGGUUAUUCUAUAUUUGUUGUUAAGGGUGAUCUGCCAGAUUGUGAAGCUGACCAACUUUUACAGAUGAUCAGGGUCCAACAGAUGCAUAGACCAAAACUCAUUGGAGAAGAAUUAGCACAACUAAAAGAACAGAGAGUCCAGAAAACAGAUCUGGAACGAGUCUUAGAAGCAAAUGAUGGGUCAACCAUGUUAGAUGAAGAUGAGGAAGAUUUGCAGAGGGCUCUGGCUCUAAGUCGCCAAGAAAUUGACAUGGAAGAUGAAGAAGCAGAUCUCCGCAGGGCUAUUCAGCUCAGUAUGCAAGGUAGUUCCAGAAGUAUAUCUCAAGAUACUCCACAGACAUCAGGUACACAUCUUACUUCAGAAGAGCUCCGGAAGAGAAGAGAAGCCUACUUUGAAAAACAGCAAGAGCAGGAACACAAGCAGGGGGAGCAGCAGCAGCAACAGGAUCCACCGGGGCAGCUUUCACAGCCAAGUGAGAGGCCGACCACAAGUUCAGGAGCACCAGGCAGUGAUCCAGGAGAUGCUAUGAGUGAAGAAGACAUGCUUCAGGCAGCUGUGACCAUGUCUUUAGAAACUGUUAGAAAUAAUUUCAAAACAGAUGGGAAAAAAUAAUACCUUUUACAAAUCAUUUAGAUAUUCAUACUUUCCAACAUUAUUAUUCUGUGUGGUUACAGCAUAGAGGGUCCAUUUUAGUAACGUGUCAAACGAUGUUCAACAGAGGUGAUAAGACUUUUAGGUGGUUUGCAACAAAAAGAUGAGAAAGUGGAAAAAUGAGUCAAUUGUAGGACUAAAUAGUGAUCCUCCAAACACUAGCCAAAGAGGCAUUUAGCAAUUAAAGAAAUUUAAAAUAGUUUUCUAAAUGUUCCUUUUUCUUUUUGAGUGUGCAAUAUCUAACAUGUCUAAAAUUAGGGCAUUUUUCUUGGAUCUUUUUGCAGACCAACUAAUUAGCUCUUGCCACAGAACUUUUUCCAUACGUGUUCUUCUCAUCCUUUCGGUUCGGGUUGCUUGACUCA